UGCUGGUCGACAGCGGGCAGAACAGCAAGCAGCAGUGCAUACUACGGGAAGCCUAUUGUAAGCGUUGAAACGUCACCUCAAGAGAGGAGGAGGCCGCCAGCAUCAUCAGCAUUUGCCCCCUAGUGUGGGGCGUUGAAGUUAUAGCGCUUGUGUAUGGUGGCGCCACCGUCGCCGCAUACAUUCAACCACUGGAGGGUGCGCCUAACCAUCCUACUCCUCUUGCUCCCCUUGGAUAUUCCGAGGAGAAUGAGAUAAAACAGUAGUUGGCCAGCCAUUUUUUGGUGUUAAACAGAAGACAAAAAAAAAUCGUUUAAAAAGGAACCUCUUAAAAAAGCGUUUUUGCACCCCUUAAACUACGUGUGUGGCUUUGUACUUUAUGUGUGGUGUACGAGUGUAUCCUGCGUGUGUGUGUGUUCCUGUGCCAGACUAAAUGCUCGAUCGAUAUAUAGCUUCGUCAGUGUAUAAGGAAAAGAAAAUGGGAGCCUUUUCUUGCACGACACUACUUUUUUGUUGGUUUUGCCACCAGCAGCAGCAGCUCCACAAUGAUCGCUCUAAGUUGUUCAAGCCAAUGCGGCAAAAGAAAAAAAAAAUGUUUUCUGGCUGCUUGCUAAAACCGAACAGAAAUAGCCAACAACGCCCGCCCCUGAGUAUAAUAUGUGUGGUGAGUUCUUGGAUAGCGAAAAGUAAAACACGUGGAAGCAGCUUUUCAAAAAGCAUACCCCCCUCCCCCAUGUAACAGCAGUGUACAUGCGUCGUGUGUGAUUAGAGAAAAGUGUGCCGCGCAAAGAAAGUGCAAAGAAGAAAGUUAAACAACAAGAAAAAAAGACAGUGAUUAUCAAACAAUCGCGACACACAGCGGAGAACAGCGGACAGGAGUGCCAGCCAGGUGCAACACACACAGAUCGCCAAAUAAAACGCGAUAUACCAUACCAUCCCCCCUGAUGCACUACUGGCGUGGACACUCCUGUGCAUCGUCGUCGUUUAGUAGCAUCACUCGAGAAAGCAGAAGCAGCAGCAGCAAGAGUGGCUGCGGCGACACUAGGGAAGGGAGAGGUAUCGUGAGACAGGUGCUGCCAUCUGCAGGAGAGACGACAGCGUACGUCGUAGGACGCCUCUGAACCAGUGCUGCGAGGUGGAAAUCAAGCGCGAGCGACGGAGGUGUCUCCCCACAUCCGUCCCAUUCUCCGAUUCCGGUUCUUUGAAUCAGACAGUGCGCGCAUCCUUCUAGGAUGAGUAGGAGCAGCAGCAGUAGUAGUCGAUCGUCGAAAACAACAUCCACAUUGUUAUUGCCUGCAUCAUCCAUCGGAACGGCUGCAGCAACGGCAGCAGCAACCUCGACUGAAGCACGCUAAAAAGACAGUCGACAGCCGUUGGUGGUCUAGCAGCACGGACAAAGCCCUUUUAUCCCAUCACAUCUCUUCAUCGUCAUAUUCUCGCGAUUCGUUGUAUGCAUUUGGUCCCCCCCAUCAAACGCCCUGCAAAACGUGUGAAUUUUGUUUGGUCUUCAGUUCAAUUUUUGACAAACUUACCCUAUUUCCUCAUUGUGCACUGAUUUAAAAUUCGCGCAAGCAAAACAAAGCAAUAAGCGUCGGAGAGAUCUGCUAGAUGUUGUGAGCGCGUAUAUCAAGGGUCUUCCCAUAAGCCGUUGUGUCGAAUUGUUGCCUGUACCGUGAACGACCAAUCUUCGCGACAAGCAGUCCAGCUCAAGCAGCAAGCAGCUUGUCGAAAUCUUCAUUACACGUUUCAACACGUGUUCACGUGUCCGAUCGUUUCCGCCCAGCCUCGCAUAACACCCUCGCUCCCAUCACGCAUCACAAAGGGACGAACGGUAGGCAGGCAGGUAUCAAAAGACAACUAAAAUCGGCAAGAGCAGCAGCACCCCACAGCCGCUUGGCCGUGCGCGCGUGUAACCGCGGGUUGUUUGUCGGGCUAGUAGCAGAGGAAGAUGUCGGAGCACCAUCGCGGUGCUUGGGGUACGCGUGAGGACGCCGUCUGGUGGCCAGGUGGCAUCUCGUCGACGGAACAGCAGACACUGCAGCACCAUCAGCAUCUCAUUAACCAGCACCAUCAACAGCAGCUCGCCCAGCAGCAGGCGGCCCAACUGCAGCACCAGGUCGCGGUACAGCAACAACAGCAGCAGCAGGCUGCGAAUCAGCAGCAACAGCAGAACGACAGCGCCCGGAACAACAGCACAACGUCCACGUCCGCUACGCAGCAGUUGUUCUCGUACAAAAUGGCUAACAGCUUUCAGAACCCGGUCACCACGAUGUCCGGUGUGACCGUGUCCACCUCGAACGCGCCCUACGACUACCGGCUCGGCAUGAGCACGGUGGUCGCGCGGCCCGGUGACCCCCCAACCAUGUCCAGCACAGCGCCCACCACCCAAUGGUGGUACUCGGGCGGCCAGAACGCGCUCGACAACUCCCUGCAACAGCAGCAGCAACAGCAGCAGCAGCAACAGCAGCAGCAACAGCAGCAACAGCAGCAGCAGCAACAAACUCAACAACAUCAGAGUCAAGCGCACGUUCAGAAUAAUGUUAUUCUGAACAAAAUGGUGACUGGCGGUACCGUAGCGGGCGGUAAGGUAAAGGACAAUAAGCCGAGGGGGCGCAUGACAGCGUACGCCUUCUUCGUACAGACCUGCCGCGAGGAGCAUAAGAAGAAGCACCCGGAGGAGCAGGUUAUAUUUGCGGAAUUUUCGCGCAAAUGUGCAGAACGGUGGAAGACAAUGCUGGAUAAAGAAAAGCAACGCUUCCACGAGAUGGCCGAAAAGGACAAGGCACGGUACGAGCUGGAGAUGCAGAGUUACGUGCCACCGAAGGGGGCCGUCGUUGGACGGGGCAAAAAGCGGAAGCAAUUCAAAGACCCGAACGCACCGAAACGAUCGCUCUCGGCUUUCUUCUGGUUCUGUCAUGACGAGCGGAACAAGGUAAAGGCACUGAAUCCGGAAUACGGCGUUGGCGACAUCGCAAAGGAGCUGGGCCGAAAGUGGUCCGAUAUGGAUGCGGAGAUUAAGCAGAAGUACGAGCAGAUGGCCGAGAAGGACAAGCAGCGGUACGAACAGGAGAUGACCGAGUACAAGCUAAAGUGUAAAAAUGAACAAGGUGGCGUUACACCCGGUCUGAACCUGCCACAGCAGCUGCAGCAGGCCGGGCUCCAGCAUCUCCCGCAGCACGUACAGGCCGCCGCUCAGCUUCAGGCCCAGGUAGUCCAAGCGCAGCAAGCCGCCGCCGUUGCCGCAGCAGCCGCGGCCGCCGUGCAACAACAGCACGACGACGACGACGAGGACGAGGACGGCGAUGAGGAUGAUAAUGAGUAAAAUUAAAAACAAACACAAGUGGAGAAAGUCUUACAGCAGCAACAGUAGGAGCAGCAGUCAGCAAAUACACACAAAAUAGCAACAAACAACAACCAACAAAACAUCAUCAUCAUAAGCCGAAGACGAAUAACUAAACCACCAUCGAGAAAACCUAACGGCUGCUCACUCUACCCCCCCUUUCUCGACACCUGUAAUUUUCCCACAAAUAUCUUCCUCUGCAUUCUUGCAUUUUUUCGUCAUCGUCGCAAUACACACUUCUGUUCAUCCCCCCCUCCCCCCGUUUUUAUAUUUCUCUCUCUCUCUCUCUCUCUCUCCCUCUCUCUUUCGCUCUCUAUCUUGCUCUUUUCUCUCUAUACUCAUCCCUAUUAAUUAUUGAAAACGAAGGAAAACUCCUGAACAGCAUAGGUGGCAUUGUAAUCGAAGGGAAAUCAUGCCACAUAUGCAUUACUAUCAAUCUAUCAAUAACUACCGUCCCACCCAGGACAGAAUAAGUUUAUUCGGUUUAGACGAGUUAUGAACGAAGAAAAAGGACAAAGCAAAAGGAGAGAGAUGGAGAGAUAGCGAUAAGAGAGAGAUAAAAGAGAGAUAAAAGAGAGGGAAAGAAGAAAGAAAGGAAGGAGAGGAGAGAGAGAAAUAGAGCGAGAGAGAGAGCGAGAGAGAGCGAGAGAGAGCGAGAGAGAGCGAGAGAGAGCGAGAGAGAGAGCGAGAGAGAGCGAGAGAGAGUGAGUGAGAGUGAGUGAGAGAGCGAGAGAGAGCGAGAGAGAGAGGGAGAGAGGGAGUGAGAAACAACGAGAGAGAGAAAGCGAGAGAGAGAGAGAGAGAGAGAGAGAGAGAGAGAGAGAGAGAGAGAGAGAGAGAGAGAGAGAGAGAGAGGGUGAGAGUGGGUGAGAUUAGGAGAGUGUUUAAGAUCGGGUUCAACGAGCACACCAUAGUCCUGACAUUGACCUGAUCAAAGAUUAAGACAAUGGCAUAGAAAGGGGGGGAAGGAGAGUGGGCGUUGUUGGAAUCGUGGAGGCGACAACACAUAAAUUGGCAUUUCAUCAUGGAAGACUACAGUAAGGGGAAAUAAGGUAGAUUUGGAUUGGACCAGGAACAAACAAAAACAAAACAAAACAAAAAAAACACAAGGAAAAGUGUUGCUUUGCAGCGUUCAUUAUAAGCAAUUAUGUUUAAUAGAGAUACACGGCCCUUGCUCGCUCGCCCGUUUGCUCUCUUUAUCUCGCUUUUCCCCUAUCCUUGUUAUACCCGGACAUGAAAGACACACUUUCCCGCGCAAAGUGUCCUCUGUGUAAUGUGCACAGGGAGAGAAUAGGGGAGGGAGCGAAGGGGAGAGAGAGAGAGAUGAGGGAGCGCGUGUGCGCGUGGCAGUGUGAGGAUUUUUUUAGCUUUUAAGGAGCAAAUGAGAUAUAUAUUAGAACAGCGCGCCACAGCUAGACAGAGAAAAAUAGAGAGAGCCAGAGAGAGAAAGAGAAAGAGAGAGAGAAAGAGAGAGAGAAAGAGAGAGAGAGAGAGAAAGAGAGAGAGAAAGAGAGAGAGAGAAAGAGAGAGAGAGAAAGAGAGAGAGAAAGAGAUAGAGAGAAAGAGAGAGUGUGAAGUCGAGAAAAAUUAUGUCAAAACGCGAACAACCUCAUUUUUCCCCAUUUGACACGCGAUCGAUUGUUAUUGAUCAUAGAUGUAGACACAAACCAUCCCCGGGACACCGAGCAUUUGCACGGUGCUGGUCGUGUUCGUUGCUUAUUGGUAAACAACUCUCUCUCUCUUGGUAAUUUUUGUGCCUCUCUUUCGCGUUUUUUUUUAGUGUAUGUAACUUUUCCUCCAAACACACAUUAAUGCGUGAGGAAAUUAUGCGCGAUUUUUUUCGAUUUGCGGUGCGUCUUGUGCGCGAGCGUUUGUGUGUCUGUCUGUAUGUACGAGUGAAGGAUUUUCAAGUGUUUUUGUUGGGGGAAUGGCAACACUCACGUCUCUUUGAUCACCACCCGUAGCACACACACACACUCACACUAGCAUCCCACCACCCACCAUCUAGCUGGGCUCACAUUUUUCCAUAAGCGUGAAACCCCCAAAAACAGCAGCAGCAGUAGACGCAAAGGCGAUUAAGCAGAGUUCGAAAUAUGCGUUAGGUUCUAUAAUAUUUUUUUUUCUUCCCGUUAUUCUCUCAAAAAUAUGUAUCUCCUGAACAAUUUAUACUUUGUAGAAUUCAAUGCGGUGAUUCGCAGAAUAAAUAGAGGCGGUGCGCGAACUGAACAAACGCCGACCGUAGCCACCCCCAAAACUCAUCCCGAAAAGCUUUUUUCUGCGUGCGCAUCUACAAAAAGGGAGAGGAAGGGGGGGGGGGGGUAUGAAGGAAAUCAAAUGCAGAAGAAUUAAAGUGCAGGAAAGCGAUAAAGAACGAUAAACAGGGAUGAGGUGGCAAAUUUCUUCUCUUCCUUAAGUUUGUGCUAGCAUAUUUGUCUCCUUUCGCUACGAACGCGAACACUCUCACAUACCCUCAUACAUAAACACGAACCACUCAUCCACAACGGUUUGGUAUGUGUUAGUGCGUGUGUCGUUAAGGGAAUAAAUUCACACACACACACACACACACACACACACACACACACACACACACACACACACAUACACAUACACAUACACAUACACAUACACAUACACAUACACAUACACAUACACAUACACAUACACAUACACAUACACAUACACAUACACAUACACAUACACAUACACAUACACAUACACAUACACAUACACAUACACAUACACAUACACAUACACAUACACAUACACAUACACAUACACAUACACAUACACAUACACAUACACAUACACAUACACAUACACAUACACAUAUUAGCCUGCCAUAGCCACUAGCGCUAAAAGGAAACGAAGUGCAGAAACCCAUCAAAACCAUAUGGAAAAGGGAUGAAUUUCAGCAGAAUGAAGAAAACAAAUGUUCUAACAAAAUCAAUAUAAUGUAAAAGAAAUAUGAUUCAUAAUAUAAGUAAUCCAUAUUUAGAGGAAAGCGCGACACAAAUUGUUUUUUUUUCUACAGGAUGCUGUUGCCUCCGUUUGACUUCUUGAAAGUAUUUUUUUUAGAUUAUUCUGUAAUGCAGUCCGUCAUUAUCUUCUCGUAUUCCCACUCCAUUCGUAUCAUUCAAGCACUCUCUCUUUCUUGGAUCCUUUCUUUAUGUAUGGUUGGUGAAGGCGGAAGAAGUCACUUAAGCAAACUGAAAUCAAAUACUAUCUUGUCCCCCUGGCUCCCCCCGAAAAAAAGAAUACGAUCACUUUGCCUUCGCGAGGGUCGAACUUAUUGCGUUGCGUCAGUUUUCCAUCCUUAUUUUAAUCUACAAACAUCCCGAUCUUGUUGUUAUGUGUAAAAUGUGAAGAAAAAACUAAGCCAUAUCCUCCCUCUUCAUCUUUCUCUCACUCCCCUCUCUCUAUAGUUAUUUCACGCUUUCAUGUAAGUUCCCUUGGCCUUGCCGCUCUCGGUAAAAUUUCUUUCAUCUGUUCGUUCCUCUUAACUUGCACGAGAGCCUAUUUUCCUGUUCCAUCUUCUCUCUUCUUCGCAGCACUACAACACACAAUCUGCGGUAAAGUAAAUUAAAAAAAUGGUAGCAUAAAACAAUGUAUUAAAUUUGAAGUAACGUUUUAUAGGACAAAAUAAGAAUUCAACAGUUAAGUAAAGAUGUGGAGCGCGAAGGAGCAAAGGGAAAUAAUAAGAUAAGUUACUCGGAAGCACCUAAAAGGAAAAGGGUUCGUUUUAGUCAGGCAGGAAUCGGUUAUGAUGUGAGCGUAUGAUUUUGGGAAAGGAAGAAGAGAGGAGAAGGGAAGGCUAGCGAACGAAGGGGGCCAAGAGGAGUAUUAGUCCGAAUCAAAUGUAAAAUUUAGUGGAUUUACUUUUCCUUUAUUUUAUAUUUUUCAAUAUUUUUUUUAUUUGUCUACCGCUUUCAUCGUCAUUCGAUUAGAACCACAUUUUCUUAGAGAUAAGUAAAGCAAGCUUACAAACGCCCACACAUUCACAUACACGUAGAAAUAAAAUGUUUUAUUUUUU